CCUUUGUGCGGGAUCGUUUCACGAUGUUGUACGUGUUACUUUUGGCAUUUUCGGUGGCGGCGAGCGCCCAGACCUCGCCCAACGCGCAGCUCGUCAAGGAACUACUGCAGGCAGACCCGGCAGCGCGCCAUUCCGACAACAUCGUGCAGGAUGCGUUACUCGAUGCGCCAGGUCUUAUCCGCAAGUACGGCUACCCAGUGGAGGUGCACAACAUAGUAACGGCGGACGGGUACGUCCUGCAGACGCACCGCAUCCCGCACGGCCGCGACUCCAACAACCGGCCCGGGCCGCGCCCGGUCGCGCUCAUCAUGCACGGACUCUUAUGCUCCUCGGCCGACUUCCUCGUCCUCGGCCCUGGUAACGCCCUAGCUUACGUGCUCGCGGAGGCUGGUUACGACGUGUGGCUCCCCAACGCGCGUGGUAACUACUACUCCCGUCGACAUGUGUUCCUCGAUCCCGACGACCGCGAGGGGCUCCAGUUCUGGAAAUUCAGCUGGGACGAAAUAGGCAAUCUAGAUCUUCCCGCUAUCGUUAACUUCAUCGUCGUAAACACCGGCCAGCAAAAAAUGCACUACAUCGGUUAUUCUCAGGGAACGACCACAUUCCUCGUUCUGAACUCUUUGAGGCCUGAAUACAACGAUAGAUUUAUAUCUUUCCAAGCUCUUGCGCCGUCUGCGUUUGUCGAGAACAAUCAAAAUAAGUUACGAGAGAUAAUGGCCCAAUUCGAGAAUGUUUUGGAGGUCGUAGCAUUUAACCUGGGCUUCGGAGAACUAAUGGGAGGAGAGGGUUGGCGCCAGAUUUUCACCGCGUUAGGGUUAACGUUCUGCAACGAUCAGUCUUUCCUCCAACCGCUCUGCAUCGCCGCUAUUCUCGGCACUGGAGAAAUCGAGAAUUUCAACAAAACGAUGCUGCCCGUGUUCGUGGGCCACAACCCGGCCGGGGCCGCCCUCCGCCAGAUCGUCCACUACAGUCAAGUGCUGCGCUUCGGUCGCUUCGCUCGCUACAACAAUGCCAACCCCGUCACCAAUCUCGCCCAGUACGGCAGCCUGACACCGCCCGAGUACGACUUGUCCAAAAUAUCGGCACCGGCGUACUUGCAUUUCGGCAAAAACGACGUUCAGAGCGAUUACAGAGACGUACUUCUUCUUGGCGAACGACUCGGCAACACGAUCGGCGUCUAUCCCAUCGAACGAGAAACGUUCAAUCACUUUGACUUUAUAUGGGGAGGGGACGUCAGGACGCAGCUGUACGACAAGUUAGUCGACUUGAUGAGAUCCGCUGAGAGAUCGCUGGAUCGGGAUUCACAAGUGUAAAUAUUUAUCGGUUCCAACAUUAAUGUGCUGGAUCAAAAGUAGAGUAUGUACGUUUGUACAACAAUAAAAUAAGAAUCAAAUUGAAGUGUCAUUCAAAUGCAGUUUUAACAAUAUACUUUGUACAGUCGACCUAAACUAAGAAAGUAAGACCUGUAGUCUAUUCCAAUCGAAAAGGAAUAAAGAUAAACAAGCCUCAGCUUUACGUACAGUGCACUGCUCUUGCUGAAUUUGUUUAUUUGGCUUUGCCGUCUCGUGGUACACUGGAACAACAACGAUUUAAUAUUCUCAUACGGUGUACUACCAAUCGCAGAGGAUUGCUAUGAAAGUAAGGCCCCACAUCCAGUGAGGCGUUAAAUCCAAAGUUGUUUUAGUCGUCUAUGAUAUAACCAAUAACUAUCGACAGGUAUUGUUUUUGAAAUUAACUUCAAAUAUCGAAAUAAUUGGUGUGUAUAACUUAAUAUGCAAUAUCGUCACUAUCAUAAAAAAGUAAAUUGUACAGGAAAACUGUGUGUGAAGAAACCAAUAUUUAAUAUAAAAAAUAAUAUUUACUUUACUCGAACGAAUGUAUUUUUUAUUUAUAACGA